AUGCGGCAGUGGUUUGUGAUGCUACAGACAGGUUACGAGGGAGUCGGGGAUGCUCAGACUUUUUCUCAACGUGUCAUCCAGACUGGAGAUACAGAGGGUAAGAAAGGUGUAGGAAUUUUGGUGGAUAGGGAACUUAGAGAGUCUGUGGUAGAGGUUAGGCGGGUGAAUGAUAGGUUAAUCUCUAUUAAGUUGGUGUUUGGAGAGUGCACCCUAAAUGUCGUUAGUGCGUAUGCGCCGCAAGCGGGCUUGGAUGAGGAGGUCAAGGGGCGCUUCUGGGAGGGGUUGGAUGAGAUUGUGUGUAGUAUUCCGCCUGCUGAGAGGUUAUUUAUAAGAGGGGAUUUUAAUGGUCAUAUUGGGUCGACUGCAAGUGGCUAUGGCGAGGUGCAUGGUGGCUUCGAUUUUGGGGAUAGGAACGCAGGAGGAACUUCGAUGUUGGAUUUCGCAAGGGCAUUUGAGCUAGUGAUUGCUAACUCUAGUUUUCCAAAGAGGAUGAGCAAUUGGUCAUUUUUCAGAGCAUGGUGA